AUGUACAGCCCUUCAGUCGAGGCGGGGGUGAACUUCGACGAGGCUUGGUUUCACAGCAAGUACCUAUACAUGUGCAAGAAGAGCACGACAGCUCGGGCUGUUUGGCAGGCUUCAUUGAGGGUCCGCCAGACGAAAAGCCCCGUAGUGCACUGCUUCGUGCAGUCAGGCAUCUCUGUGCGGCUCGACGGUGCCCGCGUGGUCCCGUUGGCACAUGCAGAAGGGCUGGAGAGCGCUGCGGCGUCACCAACACAGUCAGAGCUGGAUCAGGACGCGGAGGAUGACGUGAGUCCCGAGGCGCAGUCAGACGACGACGACAGAGAGCGACUUGACGAGCAAGUGGCCAGUGGGGUACCUCUGGAAGUGCCUCGUCGUGCCAAGCUGGCAGCUACAAAUCGUCACGGUUCUCGUUGCAAGAAGGGAAAGGGCAAGGGUGGGCAGCCUGGGUUGUUUCCUCCACCGCUGCGUGUGACAACAGCGGAGACACUCCAGUUUCUCCAAGCUUGUAGCCUUCGCACAACGGUCGCCUGGCGCCGGGUACCCUCUCGCUUUGAGAGUGGGAGGGGAACGGUCCGAUUGGUCGAGGACGGGCCUCUCUUUCGUACGCUGGGGCACACAGAAGCUGAGCGGCGCAACUCGGAUGCCGGCUUGCUGCAGGAAUUCCAGAUGCAGGUCGCGAAAGCUGGGCACGUGGUGAACGUCGAGCCGUACAUUGAGCCCGCUCAGAAGGUACGGCGGUCAGGGGGGCUGACUCAAGAAGCAUACGAUGUCAUCGGCGCAAGGACGCUCGGGUUUGCAGAGUACAAGGAGCUGGCCAGCCUCAGGAACGUUGGCAGAGAUAGGGGGACGCAGCGCGUUGAUGUGACGGCGGGGCUAGCUAGCACGCCGUUGGACUGA